CACAUGACUUUCACAAGAGCAUCCUCGCUUAGCCGAUUCCCUUAGCGGCACACACAUUUCGAGAAAAAUUGGAAAUUUACAGAAGCCUUCAAUCGACAUUCCUAUCGACGACCACCACGAAUUUGCGACCUAUCGACCAAAUUUCGCAGCCAUGGCCACCGAACUUACCGUACAAUCGGAGCGCGCUUUCCAAAAGCAACCUCACAUCUUCCUUAACUCUAAGUCGAAGACCAAGUCCAGCAAGGUUGGAAAGGGUGGCCGCAGAUGGUACAAGGACGUUGGAUUGGGAUUCAGAACCCCAAAGACCGCCAUUGAGGGAAGCUACAUCGACAAGAAGUGCCCAUUCACCGGUCUCGUUUCUAUCCGUGGUCGUAUCUUGACCGGAACUGUUGUUUCCACCAAGAUGCACCGUACCCUCAUCAUCCGCAGAGAAUACCUCCACUUCAUCCCAAAAUACGCCAGAUAUGAGAAGAGACACAAGAACCUCGCUGCCCACGUUUCCCCAGCUUUCCGUGUUGAGGAGGGUGAUCAAGUCACAGUUGGACAAUGCAGACCAUUGAGCAAGACCGUCCGUUUCAAUGUUCUCCGUGUCCUUCCCCGAACUGGCAAGGCUGUCAAGUCUUUCAGCAAAUUCUAAAUGGGUUCUUUAUCGUACAAGGGGUGCAUGUGGUUUUCGGGAUGCUGAUCAGGAGGGUUGUGAUCAUAUGAAUACUGGAAAAGCAGCAUGAAAAUCAUGUGCAAUAGCUACGGAAAAGUAAAUCAAUGCCACGACGUUCCCGACACAGGACCUUGCGCGAUUUGAAGCUUGGUGAUGUGGAUUGAUAUGAUCAAUGAUAUAAUUUCAAAAAACAAGCUUACCCUAGCUUUCACAGUUCCAAAAUUCUUAUUGCUUCUGAUAUUUUUGGUGUAUUUAUACAUUCACAUACGUUCGCACAUUCUAGGUACGAAGAAGGAAUGGAUUUGGAGUCAAAACAGCAUCAGGAAUAAUGAUGGCCAUGUGUCAUCCAAGAGAAUGCGUUUCAACGCGACGAAUCCCCAAGAUUGCGACUGGAUGUCAGCUCUACAUGCAACGUCCAUGCAUGCCGUGAGUCGUUUGAAUGGCCAUGAAUUCCAUGAUUAAUGUAUUGCCAUGGGAAUCAAGGAAUGUUUGCGACGGCACAAGUGACUGUACGCAUCUUUAUAUCAUUUUCAUCGACUCGCAGUGGUUUAAAUCUCCAAGUUCUCGUUAUGCGUAAAUAUAUCGAGACUGAUCGUGACUCAUGUCUACUCUGUGGGCGCCGAAUUGGUAAUUAUUCUAGGAGCUAGAUCUGCGGACUUAACAUUUAGAUAAUUUCCGGCCUCAGCCCACCAGACCAUCCUUGGAGAUCUUGUAUUUGGAUAUUGUAGACAGAAGAACAGGUACUCGGUACAACUUUCUCUCACUCUCAUCUAGCGCCAAUCUUUCCCCCUUUAUUCUAUCUUUGGGUUUAAAUAUUGAUAUGCGAGGUGAAGCUUUCA